UCACGUGAGGAUGUGGGAGUGUAUUCAUAGUUAAUGUAAACACAUCGAAGGACCUCAUAUUUUAAGGUGGUAAAGCGGAAAAGACAGGUAACAGAGUAGAAUAUACAAAUAACAGUGCAUUUUGUCUUAAUGAUAUCUUUUCAUCGUCAACAACGAUGGACAUCCCUGUGAAUCUGAGGGUGAAUUUUAGAGGGAACGCGAAGAGUUUCCUAGUUUCAGAGUCGGAAACGAGCUGGGAGUCCAUGGAAGCCAUGAUUAAAAGGUCCUUCGGCUUGUCUAGUCUGCAGUUGACGUACUUCGAUGAGGACAACGAAGAGGUGUCCAUCAACAGUCAAGAGGAAUAUGAAGAGGCUUUAAAGAGCGCUCUGAAGCAGGGGGGCCGGCUGCACAUGAAUGUGUUUGAGACCAAGGGCCCGGCGGGCAGGGGCCCGGCCAAACCGCGCGGCGGAGAGCCCAAGAGCGAGGCCAGGCCCGGCCAGCACUGCCCCACCCUCACCAAGACCGUCAGCCAGAGGAUACAGGUCGUCACCCACGAGCAGGCCAUGGGGGUUAUCAAGGAGUUUAAGGGGACUAAAGAGGAAGAUAAGACCCCUCCAGCCUGGUUUACAUCUUACAUGGAGAAGUUGCAGAGGGGGUUCUUCUGCGCUCCCCAGUUUAAAGAGCAGGUGGUGAAGGAGGCGGUGGAGAAGAUCUGCCGCGAGUUCUCGGGACAGUGCUGCAUCCACAAGCCGUCGGGAGGCGACGUCCAGGUCCCAGAGGUCAGCUCCUCCUCCUCCUCCUCCGCCGGAGUGCCCAGCGCCACGCCCGCCUGCAGCAGCUGCCAGGGACAGACCUCCGGGGGAGGGUACCAGUGCAGCGUGUGCACGUCCUGCACCCUGUGUGAGCCCUGCAGCCUGGCGCACGACCCCAGCCACAGCCUGGUGAGGGCCAGGACGCCCCUGUCCAUCCCGGAGCAUGGCUCCCCCGGCCCCGAACACAUCAGGUUCCAGAGGCGGGGAGACAGAAGCUUCCGGAAGGCAGAGAAGCAGCGGCUGAAGGCGGAGAAGCGACAGCUGAAGGCAGAGGUGAAGGAGAUCAGGAAGCAGCUGAGGAUGGAGAGGAGGGGCCUUCAGUGGAACACCGUCGGCGACGGGAACGCCGACCCCAUCCUGCUCCAACCACGGAGCACGCAGACCUGCUGCUUAGAGAGCCCCCACCGCUCCUGCCCCCCCAUGGGGCCCGUCAUGACCGCCCUGUUCCUGGACGAGAACCUCCCGGACGGGACACGGCUACAGCCCGGUACCAAAUUCAUCAAGUACUGGAAGAUGAGGAACACUGGCAGCAUGCCAUGGAGCCCCGAAACCAAGCUGAAGUUCAUGUGGGGGAACCUGACGCUGGCGUCCAGCGAGAAGCAGAAGGAGGUGCCGGUGCCCUUCCUGCAGCCGGACCAGGUGGGCGUGGUGAGCGUGGCCUUCACGGCGCCCGUGGCGGAGGGCACCUACACCUCGCACUGGCGCCUGGCGCACCGCGGGGAGCAGUUCGGCCCGCGCGUGUGGUGCAGCAUCGUGGUGGACCCCCUGGCCCCGCCCGGCGCCGCUGACGGGGAGCUGGUCUCCCCCUGUGGGACCCCCCAGGUGGCGCUGCAGGAGAAGGUCGUCCCUCGGCGGGAGAAGGAGGGGACCUGCUGCGCUGCCCCCAGGGACUGUGCAAUCAUGUCCAUGGGCCUGGAGUGCGAGCACGACUACUACAUCCCCUCAGUGGACCUGCUCACAGCACAGGACCUGCUGUCCUUCGAGCUGCUGGACAUCAACAUCGUGCAGGAGCUGGAGAGCGUCCCGAACAACACGCCAGCAGACAUGACGCCCUGCAUGUCCCCGCUGCCCCACGAUGGCCCCCUGGUGGAGAGGCCGGUCCUGGCACAGAUCCAGGAGGAGACCAAGGUCUCAGGGGCUAAGAGCCUGCCGGCCGCCAAGCAGCGUAGACUGAAGGAGCCGGGCAGCAUCCCCGCCCAGGAGGAGGGCGAGGAAGACAUCAGCGGCACACAGUUUGUGUGCGAGACCGUGAUUCGCUCCCUCACCCUGGAGGAACCAGACCGUGUGCCCCUGCGCAGACCCCGCCCCCGCCCCGCCCCCCGCAAAGUGUGCUCGUCUGCUGCGCAUGACUCCAGCUCUAGCGCUGGGAAUGCUACAGAGCAGUGUAGAGAGAAGAGGGCGGGGCCUGACAUGGAGGCGGGGCUCAGGACUAUAGAGGCUCCGCCUCCGUCUACAUCACAGGUCAUACAGGAAGAACGGUCACCUCCAGAGGUGGGCGGGGAGUCGGACAUCGAGAUCGUCUGCGCGGACCCCGGCGGUGCCGGGGCGGAAGAGGGGGUGGGCGGGGCGGCGGGAGAGGGGGCGGGAGCGGCGGCGACGGCGGGCGCUGACGAGCAGGACGAGGUGCGGAGCCAGGCGUCCUCGGCCUCCUCCGAGGAUUACAUCAUCAUCCUGCCCGACUGCUUCGACACCAGCCGGCCGCUGGGCGAGUCCAUGUACAGCUCCGCGCUCUCGCAGGCCGGCGCGGACGGCGCCCCCUCUGGCUGCAGCAGCGUCAGCGACAUGCUCUGCGCCUCGCAGACCCUGGACGCCGUGCCCCUCACCCCGGUGGUGGUGCCCGCUACGCCACGCAGACCAGAGAGGCUGGGAAAGAAGGACCUGACGGUGGAGACCCUGGACACCAGCGAGCUCUACCAACCCGCGGACUCGCCCGACUGUUCCGGUUCAGACCAGUCUCAGCAAGCCAGCCCCUCAGAGAAGAGUGGCUCAGAGGUCCCCCAGGACCACAGGGCCCCGGGAGGCCUCACCGAUGGGCUGGUGAAGGGAGCCCUCUCCGUAGCAGCCUCCGCCUACAAAGCCCUCUUCACUGGCCAGCCCGGCGCCUCACAGCCCCCCGCGGACUCGGCCAGCCAGGACGCCCUGAUGGCCGUGCUCCUGGAGAUGGGCUUCGGCGACCGUCCGCUCAACCAGCGGCUGCUGAAGAAGCACGACUACAACCUGCUGGACGUGGUCAACGAGCUGGUGCAGAUGGCCGACAACGACUGGUACGCCACGCGCUACUGAGGAGCCGCCGCGCCGGGGUGGGGGGACCGGAGAAAAUGGCCGACAACGACUCCUCCUCCUCUACUCUGCGAUUGGACAGGCGCCGGCCCAGUACGCAGGAACUCGGCCAAUCCUGAUAUAGGAUGUAUACAGUGGUUUAAAAAAAAAAAAGGGAGAACACUGAGCAUGACAUCACAAAGGAGCAUCCAAUGAAACGCUUUGUACAUAGAGAGCAUACCUGUAUAUACAGCAGCAAUGGAAUUAUAUCAACAGUUGUCAUCUCUAGGUCAUUCCUGUAAAAAAAAAUACACUUCACAGAAGCGGCUUAUUAUUUCCUCUUGUUAUUGAUGAUAACAUAUGAAAUGGUUUUGUUUAAAAACGUUGAGUAGUGUCAUGUACUGGAGAUAUGUGAAUCUUCUGCCAGACCCAGGAAGGUUUGACUUCCAUUUGGUUGAGAGAGGGAGCCUAGUUUGUAGUCAUUGGCAACAAAUGCCAGCGCUGCUUAGGUAAUACAUGAUGGUACUUCGAAGUGACCGUUUCGAUACUUUGUUUAAAACAUAUGCAUGACUGUCUGUGUGGGAACUGAUACUGGCUUUUUCCCCCCAUGUGUGAUACCUGUACAUCAGGCUAAAGCAAUGGUGUAAAAUCUCCAUAGGGAUCAAGUGUUGAGCUGUGCACUAAAUGUCACUCUGGCCACACUAAUGAAAUAUACCUGUGUUACGCAUCCACAAGGGGCCAGAGUUAAACUUAAGUUCAUUGUGACUGUAAUAGAAAAAAAACUAAACAUUCCCAUAAUUUGUCUGUGGAACACAUGAUCCUGGAAUCAUCUCACUUUGUGGUUGUAAUGUAAUAACUAAUGUUUUAAAAUAGUUGUCAUUUAUGGUCAAUCAAAUAUUUUAAUACAUUUUAUUUUAUUUUCAGGCUGAAAUUAAAAAGAAAAAUCCUAAUUCUGUAAGAUCAUUGUUUCAAAAGCUUCACACUACAGGUCUGAAGUUUUAAUUUUGUUGGUGGAAUAUUUAUGAACAUAAGUGUAUGAAUUUUUGUUUUUUAGAUUCCAAAUGUGAAACUUCUAUAUUUCCUUUUCUGCAACUCUAUACAAGGUUUCUGACUAAGAAAGUUGGUUUUGAAUGCAUUGGGAAACUGCAGGACGACUUCCUGUCCAGUGACAGGAAGCUGCAGGAGGGACUUCCUGUCUAAGUCAACCCUUGGUUCCUUUCCCUUGCCAGUUGCAUCCACAGAACUAAUCUCAAUUAACACACAUUUCUAUGUUGCUAUGUGCGUAGUUGCAUGUGUGUGGUACCGUCACCUUUUGGUGUCUGGGGAGUUCUGCAGUUCAUCAAGCUUUGACAACCAAACUGACUGAGGAAAAAAGGGUCUCCUAUGCACCCAGAGAAAGGAAUUGAGUGAAUUGCAGAUUUUAUUUUAUUUACAAAAUGUUUGUAAACUCAAGUGAAGCAUGUACUGGUAUAUUUUACAUUUUAAGUCACUCUGAAGACUUCCCCUGUUGGUACUGGGGGGGUGGGGGGAGAGAGACAAGGGGUACAGGACUUGACAGGCUUUCCAUAGAGUGAACAGAUGAGGACCAAACAAGACAAACAUAGGAAAGAAUGCAGAGGAAGUGUGUCUAAAGGGGACUUUAGAACAGUGAUGUGUGUCACACCUAGACGUCCUCAACCUGAUGCUGGAUGCUAAUCCUGAUCUCUGCAGAGGUUCAUUACUAUGCAGAAUGGGGUCCAUCAGUUAAAAUGUACUGGUCGAUUACAGUUUACUCUGCCCAUGUGAUGUCAUGUGGGGUCUGAUUUAAAGGUGAAAAAUAAAACCACAGACCCUCGUUCUCCAGGACUGCGGUUGAGGCCCACUGAUGUGGAUGUAGCUGUCAGCAGGCUGGCCUUUAAUGCAUUCAGUGGCCGAUGAGAGCAGCUGUGAGCUUGUGAAGGAACUGGUCCACAAGGGGGAGCAGCCCAUAUUUCUGCAGCCUCUAUUUUCAGAUGGAGUGGCAGUUGGAACCACGUACACGCUUAGUCUCCUUAUCCUCGUAAUGAAACGCAGUACACACACCAUCAGUAGCAAACGGGAGACUGUGUGUACAAACCACAGGGUAAAAAUCUUUCAUUAAUAUUGAAAAGAUAAAUGCUUUUUUUUCUAGAAAAUGCUGACAACUUUAGGUUAGGUUAUCUAUGCUAUAGGAGUAUUUUUGGCAGACAAAUUGAUGGACUGUCGUAGUUGUUCGUGGGCCUUGAGACAUUUUUUAUGGUGCAUUUGGGAAUUUCCGAACACCUCCAGCCCAGCCACUCUUACCAGCUCUGAACCUAUGGGUGAUACUGAGACCUCUUUUGUGUCCUUUGUUUAGUUGCUGUAUAUGAUUAAUGUGCACUGUGUAUACAUUUUAUUUUGUGAAAGGGGUUUGAAGAAAGACUUGCCUAAAGGCCUGUAUCUAUGAGUAGUAUAUCGGCUUGCUGAAUCCUAGAAAGAAAAAAGUUACAAUUAUAUUGACGUUCCCAAGCAUUAAUGUGUUUAUGGUUAGCCUUGGCUUUUGACACUGAAGGAUAUACUGUAACUAAACAGUUGUACCAAUUUCAUUUUGAAUAACAUGCUGUUUGUUCUGUGAGAUGGUUUGCACUAUUAUUAGGUCAAAGGCUUGCUUAAGGAAAGGUCAAUUAACACUAAAUUGUGCAGUGAUGUUGGCCUGUAAGGAUCAGACUGACUGCUUAGUGUUAGCACGGGCUAACUGCAGGAAGUGGGUGAAUAGCAUUCCAGCUCUAACUGUGUUGAAGAGAAUGAGCACUUUACAGACAUACAGAUAAAAUGUAAAAAAAAAAAAGUGAUUUAAUAAAAGGUAAUUACAGUAA